AUGGCGCUGAAACAAUGCAGCAUGUGCGAUCGCACAUUCACCAAACUCGAACAUCUAAGGAGACACGAAAGGUCGCAUACAAAAGAGCGCCCUUAUGAAUGCCCGACGUGUAAGAAGAGCUUCUCGAGAAGCGAUGUCCUCUUUCGGCACUGCAAAGGCCACAACCAAGUCGCCAUAAACCACAGAAAAGAAAAUGAGGAACAAGGCCAUGGCAGCUUUCCAGCCGUGGACGGCGCAAGUCAUAACUCGCAGUUCCACCUCGCAGGACACAUGGCUGGUCCCACUCCUGCGCCUUCCUUGCAAGGUGGAGAAGUACCUUUACCGGAAGGCGUGAGUGCUUCAGUCAUGCAUGUAAAUAGCGGACACCGUAUGGAAGCCCUUAUCAACGCAGCGCAACAUCUUGAUCCCGCCGCCUACACGUCUUGGCAAUCGCCAAACUCAAUGCAUCCCGACAACUACCAGUUGACAUCACACCAUGACAGCAACCUGAAUCCACCGAUCGAUCCCUCUAUGGAAUCACUCUCUUUCACGCCUGCUGGCAACGUUGGCACCUUUGAUCCAUGGGCCUUCGAUCUGAUGCAGAACCAUCAAUCCGCACUUAGUCAAACGCCAUCAAACUCGUUGCGGUCCUGGUUGUACCCACCAGAGAGCAACAUGGAUACACCGAAUGGAUCUCAUCGUCUAGAGCUUGAUGGCAUGAUGCACGACGAUCGUACAGCGCAGGCCGUCAACGAUCAAGGCAGCCCGUCUGACGCAAUGUCAAUAGCAUCGAAAAUUCCGCAAGAACGAUUUGCGCGAGUUGCAGAAUGCUGGCCGGCACAGAUCUCAAGAACAACGCGUAUAAUGCCAAUUUUGUGGCAGGAUGUGGCAUCGCGCGGAUGUCCAAACAUCUUUUGCGAUGAAGCAGCACCUCCGGUUGAACAAAUUCCAAUCCGAGAAGAACGAAACACCUCGCGAUGGAAUCUUGACAGCUCAGACAGGAGUUGUCUUCAAGACAUAUUGGCUCGGGCACCACUUAGCGACAAUCCACGGCUAGAUCACCGGGGAAGCUACGCCGGUGCCAACAGCGUAGCCACAACCGGGGCGAAUCCCAGUAGCUUGCAGUUUCCGCCGACUGAGAUACUGGACAUUGCUUUGGAAAUGUACCAGAACUAUUUUCACCCGACACUUCCAGUCAUUCAUGUACCGACUUUUUCCACUAAACAAGCUUCACGACCGCUCCUGCUAUCGAUGUGUCUUAUUGGAUUGAGCAUCCUUGGCACGGCAGGGGCAGUAAGGUUUGUCACACAGAGCUUUCCUAGUUUACUACAAGUCGUGCUUUCCGAUCUGCGCUCUUUGCGCUCGAGCGAGGACCCACCGCAACAACAUAUGCGUACCAUCGCUACAGGCCUCUUAGCCCUCAACCUCGCUUCAAUCACAGGAAGAAAAAACCGUAUCGCUCAGGCGGAAGAGUUGUACAUCGAGCUGCUGACAGUGUCUCAGAACCAAGGUCUCUUCUCAGUGAACGAUGGUGCGAAUGUAGAUAUAUUGCUGAGCUCAUUGGAAGAUGCAGAAGGAAAAUGGAGGGCCUGGAUCAAUGUCGAGUGUGUUAAAAGAAUCACCUACGGUUUGAUACAGGCGGACUGCUGGUGGGCAGGACAUCUGUCAAGCUCGCCGAUCAUCCGUCCGGAACUCGUGCAGGUAUAUCCUGUGACAAACCAAAGCCUGUAUCAGGCAGAGUCAUUGAUGACAUGGUGUCAACUAGUGGAAAGCGGCAUCUCGGCACACGCUCAUGCCAUCACGCCAUUUCCAGAUCUGGCUCCAUCACCAAACCCAAAAGCUCUAAAUCUAGCGUGUAACCAGCUCACUUUGAUCUCGCUGCGGAUGUGCGAGGCCAGUGACAGGCUAGCUGUCAAGACCAAUCACCAGCAUCUCGAGCCAUGGCGCCUUUUUGUGGAAGACGAGCGCAGCCGUGGCAUAGUACCGCUCAUGGUAAGCUUCAGGUCUAUUACUGAUCUGAACUCGAUUGUGCUGUGGCACAAAUUGUGCAUGAAACUAGGCGCCAAUAUGCAACACUUCGAACUUGCGGCAGGGCGAGCUGGUGCUGGACCCGCAGCUACCGCUCUGGACCAGAUAUCAACAUGGUCACAUUCCUCAACAGCACGGCGCUCUAUCCUCCACGCAGCGCACAUCUACAAGCUGCUAUCAGACCGAAAGGUUUCUGAGAUCGUCCAUCCGCAUAGCAUAGUUGCGCUGUUCCAGGCUGCACUUGUUCUCGGGCUUUACAUCUUCACCGUCGAGCCUUCCGCCAAUACCGACCCUACUAUCAACACCAGUUACGAGCUAUCAAACCCAGUAGAAUGGACAGCUAUUGGUGGGCUUGGUCUGGCCAACUCCAGCCAACCGUCUUGUGUGAGCGGCACAGAAUCAGCAGCCGCCCGAUUCAUCGAGGGCGGAGGUUCUCUCAGCAUGGCCAAUGUUACUUUGGAAGGAGGUUAUGCUGCAGCUCGCAAGACCUUGUUGCAUUGCGCUGACCUUAUGGAGGGUAUGGGACGCUGGAAGAGCAGAACCUUCUCCCAGAUACUCCACAUUAUGAGCGAUGACCUUACUGAGUUUAACGGCCCCGAUCAUGACGACGGCUGA